AUGGAAAAUAUUACCGUAGAAAAAAUUUUCAUUUUACGGCCAGGACAUAAACCAAUUUUCACUGCGGCACAAGAAGAUAAUUUAAAGGACUACAUUUUGAAAGCGUCAGAUAUUUAUCACGGUUUAUCACCAAAGGAGGUACGAAGAUUGGUAUUUGAAUAUUCACAACGACUACAAUUACCAGUACCAAAUAAUUGGACAAACACAAAAAUGGCUGGAGAAGAUUGGUUCCAGCACUUCAUGACACGUCAUUCACGCUUGUCUAUUAGAAAGCCACAGGCUGCGAGCCUCGCCCGUGCCACGAGUUUCAAUCGUACAACAGUAAGGGUAUUUUUCACCCAGCUGAAAUCUGUGUACGAUCGUUUGAAGCUGGUUCCUCGUUCAAUCUGGAACAUGGACGAAACAGGAGUUUCCACUGUCCAGACACCUCAAAGAAUCGUCAGCCGACGCGGUUUUAAACAAGUUGGACGCAUUAUUUCUGCUGAGCGUGGUCCACUCGUUACACUGGCAGUGGCGAUAUCAGUUCAAGGGGAUGCCUUGCCACCUUUCUUCGUCUUUCCGCGCGUCCAUUUCAAACGACAUUUCCUGAUCAGUGCUCCAACUGGGAGCGAUGGUACAGCUCACCCAAGUGGUUGGAUGACUGCAGAUAUUUUUUUACAAUUUCUUCAGCAUUUUCAGAGCAACGUGAAUGCUUCGGCAAACAAUCCAAUGCUUCUUUUGCUGGACAAUCACGAAUCCCAUCUGUUCAUCAAAGGCUUGGAGUUCUGUAAAGAGCACUUCAUAACACUUCUUUCAUUACCACCGCAUACUACGCACAAGUUACAGCCCCUCGAUCGUAGCAUAUUUGGUCCGCUAAAAAAGGUAAUCAAUACCCAUUGCGACCUCUGGAUAACAAACAAUCCAGGAAAAACGAUGUUCAUAUAUGAUAUACCGACUUUUAUUAAUUCAGCACUACCAUUAGCAACCACAAGCACAAACAUCAAGGCAGGAUUCAGAUGCACUGGAAUUAAAUCCAGACGUGUUUCAGGAUAUUGA